AUGGACCACGAGAAAGACGUCCAGGAGAGGAAGUUUCCUGCCUCUCAGGAAUACGAUGCGGACCAAGAACGAGACAUCGCUUUCCACGCAGCCCCUCUCGCCGAAGUGCCUAAGGGGCGAUGGGAAAGAUCAUGGCCCGUGAUCGCCUGUGGAGCUGGUCUCUUCUCCGACGGGUACCUCAACGGCGUUAUCGGUUCAGUGUCGACGAUGCUUCAGCUCAUCUAUGGUGACCAGUACAGCAAGUCGUCGUAUAAGAGUGCUGUCCCCAGUAUCGCCUUUGCCGGCACCGUGGUUGGACAUUUGUUCUUUGGGAUCCUGAGCGACCAUUGGUCUCGGCGCAACACGUUGCUUAUUUCCACCAUCAUCCUUAUCAUCUUCUCAAUCCUUUGCGCCGGGGCGUACGGAGCAGGCGGCAGCACUCAAGGUCUCUUCGCUGCUCUCUCGGCCUACCGAUUCCUGAUCGGUCUAGGUAUUGGGGGAGAAUACCCGGCCGGAUCGGUGGGUGCGGCCGAGUCAACGGGUGAACUCAAGAAAGGCCAUCGCAACCGGUGGUUUAUCUUGGCCACGGAUUUUCAGAUCGAUCUCGGCUUCGUGAUCAGCGCGUUCGUCCCUAUGAUUGUGGUGCUUGCGACGGGUGAAAACCAUCUGCGCGCGGCAUGGAGAAUCUGUCUGGCACUGGGUGCGAUUCCACCGCUAAGUCUGAUUUACCUCCGAAUCAAGCUUCAAGAACCAGAACAGUAUAACCGCAACAAGAUGAACAAGUUUCCCGUGUGGCUGAUUGUCAAGUUCUAUUGGUGGAGAUGUACUGUCAUCUCGAUCAUCUGGUUUGUCUACAACUUCUCUGCCUAUUCUUUUGGCAUUUUUGCGUCAUCAUGGCUGGUUUUUAUCCUCCCCACCGACGCGCCGCUGUGGAAGAAUUUCGGAAUGGCUACCGCAAUCAACAGUUUCUGGAUUCCAGGUUCCUUCUUUGGUGCUUUCCUGGCUGAUUGGAUCGGUCCCAAAUGGUGCCUGAUCGUGGGUGUCACGCUGCAAGGUAUCGUCGGAUUCGCCAUGACGGGCGCCUACGGCGAACUGAACCAUCCCUCGCGCGUUGCCGGGUUCAUCAUCUUGACCGGCAUCUUCAUGGCCCUGGGAGAGGUCGGCCCCGGCGACAACAUUGGGCUCUUCGCAUCGAAGCUCUCCUCGACGCCCAUCCGCGGACAGUUCUACGGCAUUGCAGCGGCGUGGGGAAAAGUCGGCGCCUUUGUCGGCACGUAUGUGUUCCCGCUCUUGAUCGACGCUGCAGGCGACGACACGGUCAAGCAGGGGCAAUAUCCCUUCUGGGUCAGCAGCAGUCUGUGCAUCUUCAGCGCGGUCGUGGCGUUUGUCGGUCUACCCAACGUCGGCCAGGGCAUGAUCGAGGAGGAGGACGAGAGGUUCAAGCGCUACCUCGAGGAGCACGGAUACGACACGAGCCAGCUGGGGACGAAGAAGUUUAGAGAAGAGACAGCCGGGGCUCUGUAG